AUGGCAUCUCUAGUCAUCGGUGGCCAUGCAGCAGCCACCGCUGAUGAGUCGCUCAAUGAAAAAUCUGGUAUCGCUUUCACAGAUUUGGGUGUCAUUGGCGAUGAGGCAAGAAGCCUUGACCCCAAAGUCGAACGGCGAGUUUUGAGAAAAAUUGACUGGUUCUUGAUGCCAGCAAUGGUUAUAGGUUAUGGACUGGUGUACUACGAUAAAGCAAUCCUGGGAAGUGCAGCAUUGUUUGGGAUGACGACGGAUCUCCAACUUGCAGUCAUCAAUUCAGCGACGGGGCAAACUGACACGUCAAGAUUGAGCUGGGCUACCUCCAUCUUCUACUUUGGCCAACUUGUCGGGUCGUAUCCCAUGACCUAUACCUUGCAGCAUUUCAAGACUCGAUACGUGCUGGCGCCUGCCGUGUUGAUCUGGGCCAUUAUAUGCGCGUCGACUGCAGGUGUCACUACGUGGAAAGGGCUUCUUGUGCAGAGAUUCUUCCUCGGAUUCACCGAGUCCAUCAUCCCCACCGCCUUUAUGAUUACUGUGAGCGGUUAUUACACACAAUCAGAACAGGCGCUGCGUCAAAGCUGGUGGUUCUCCGGAACCGGUUGGUUCACCAUCAUUGGUAGUGCACUAAACUAUGGCUUUGCACAAAUCAAGUCGGGAUCUCUGACACCGUGGCAGUACAUUUACUUACUCGCCGGAGGCUUGACAUUUUUAUUUGGCAUUUGGUGUUACUUUUUGCCAAAUUCACCCACAGAUGCUUGGUUCUUGAAGCCCGAGGAGCGUCUCGUGGCCGUUGAGCGACUGCGUCAAGGACAGACUGGUCUCCGGAAUCAAUCCAUCAAAGUCAGCCAGAUCAGAGAAGCUUUGUUGGAUCCUAAGGUGUGGCUCGUAUCACUGACCAUGGCUUCUGGGUACACUGUAAAUGGCGCAGUAUCGGGAUUCGGUCCGCUUAUAGUAUCAACAUUUGGAUAUUCCUCCCUAGAAAGUAUCCUCUUUCAGUUCCCGCUAGGGUCAGUUUGUGCCAUUGGAAUCCCGUUGGCGGGAUGGAUUUGUUCUCGUUACCGCAACGUGCGCAUCCCCCUCCUGCUCCUUUGCUGUUUACCCGUCAUUGCCGGAUUCAUCAUCAUCUGGAAAUCGGAAUGGGGACAUCGACCUGUCGCACCCGUGGUUGGCUACAGCUUGAUCGGCUUUUUUGGUCCUGUAGUAAGCUUGGCCGUGACCCUGGGGGCCGGCAACGUUGCCGGUGAGACCAAGAAGAGCUUCAUGGCUUCGGCGGUGUUUGUCGCGUACUGUGUAGGCAACAUCGUGGGACCUCAACUCAUUCGAAGCGAAACCAAAAGUCAGCACUACCCUGAGUUGUGGACGGGCCUCAUCAUCUGUUAUUGCAUCACCAUCUUGUGCGCGUCAGCACUGUAUGUUCUCUUGUAUCGAGAGAACAAGAGACGCGAUCAACUAUCCUUAGAUGAGAAUGAAAGAAAUAGAAAUGCGUUCAAGGAUCUCACCGACAAGGAGAACCUGCAUUUCAGAUAUGUAUUUUAG